CUGUUCAAUCUCUCCCACCAACAUCACAUGCCACUUUCCUUUCGCGCUGCCAGAAAUCUCCGCCUCCAGCAUGUGUCAGUAGUACUAGUGAACGGAUCAGAACGCUAUGUGUAGCUUCUGCCGAUGGAAGAAGUGGGAAAACUACUAGACCGAGCUCAGACGACUACCACGCUACCAUAAGAGCUCUCAACUCUAAAGGCCGAUUCCCCAGAAAAUCCCUCGGCCAGCAUUAUAUGUUGAACUCUGAUAUCAAUGAGCAGCUGGCUCGAGCGGCUGGUGUUGAAGAAGGCGAUGUGGUGUUGGAAAUUGGGCCGGGAACGGGUUCUUUGACUAAUAUUCUUUUAAACGCUGGUGCAUUUGUUCUUGCAAUUGAAAAGGAUGAACACAUGGCUGAUCUCGUGAGUGAAAGAUUUUUUGGCACACAAAAUUUGAAGGUAUUGACUGAGGAUAUUGUUAAAUGCCAUGUCCGCUCUCAUUUAUUGUCGUUGCUUGGCAGCGCAAGGCAAAUGGAUCCAGAAACCAGACAUGCAAAAGUGGUUUCCAACCUUCCCUUUAAUGUAAGCACAGAUGUGAUCAAGCUUCUUCUUCCAAUGGGUGAUAUUAUCUCGGAAGUGGUUCUAUUACUCCAGGAGGAGACAGCUUUGCGCUUGGUUGAAUCAUCUCUGAGGACCUCUGAGUAUCGCCCCAUCAAUAUUUUUGUUAACUUCUACUCAGAGCCAGAAUACAAAUUGAGAGUCCCCAGGACAAAUUUUUUCCCUCAGCCUAAUGUUGACGCAGCCAUUGUCACAUUCAAGCUGAAGCAAGCGAGAGAAUAUCCCCAAGUUUCUUCCACCAAAAGCUUCUUCUCAAUGGUUAACUCAGCAUUCAACGGGAAACGCAAAAUGCUGCGGAAGUCGCUUCAGCACAUAUGCACAUCUGUAGAGAUCGAAGAAGCUUUGAAAAGGAUAGAUCUUCCGACUACUUCAAGACCUGAAGAACUCACAUUGGAUGAUUUUGUUAAGUUGCAUAACUUGAUAGUGAAAGGAUAACAAUGUAGAUUUCCUUUUGAAUUUCUUACACAAGAACCUUGCAGAAGGUCCAAGAGUUUCAGAUAUGAGUAAGGCCCCUUUUCAUGCACAGUGAAAUGCAGAUUUGGAAGUUGAAACCAAGCAGUGCACUAAAAGAUGAAGUAGCGCAUAUGACUUUCCCAGUUCAGGGAUGAAUUAGAGAGCUAGAUCAGGAACAUUUUUUCCUCAUGUUUUUUAGUAUAAUAAUAGCAUGCUCACAACUGAAGCAGAAAUGCUGUUUCAAACCAUAUGUCUGAUCGCAAUGUGUUUUGUCACCCUCUCACCAAAUACAUAAAUGCACAGGGUCAUCUGUGGAAGAUCCAAAUUAAUGUCAAGUCAGGUCAAAAAAAGUGCACUCCGUUGUGCACUUUGUAAUGUUGUAAUCUACUGCUAACAGAGGCAAUAUAUGUAGCUCAAAUGAACCCAGUUACAUUUAGGGAGCAAUCUAUAUAUCCUAUCCUGAUGACAUGACUGGAGCUUCCUAUUUUAGCAAAUCUUGAAAAUAUUAGUUCCGUC